GUCGGCUGUUUGGGUGUUCCAAGGUGAAGAAAAACCAACAAAACUCAUCUGUUCUCGAAAUGUUUCCAAAAAGAUGAUCGCGAAAUUUGUGUCAAAAUUGCUACAAUUCCUCUUAAUGAGCAAGGAACUGUUACUGCGGAUUGGUAUACCACCACUUUUUGCCAAAAGUCAUCACCGAGCUUCGAAAAAUCAACCCCGAAAGAAGAAUCAUCCUCCACCAAGACAAUGCAAGCUCGCACACAGCCCAAAAAACAACGCAGUAUUUAACGGAAGAAAACGUGGAAUUAUUGGACCAUCCUCCAUAUAGUCCCGAUUUAAGUCCUAACGAUUUCUUUACUUUUUCGAAAAUUAAAAACAGACUGCG